AUGGGUGGAAAGAAGGGCGAGAACUCCAAGAAAGCGGCGGGCAUGGCUCGCAAAGCCGAAGUUGCGGCCCAGAAGCAAGCCAUAUCCGAUGCGAAGAAGGCUGCGGACGAAGAUCGCAAGUGGCAACAGGGUGCGAAAUCGAAUGCGAAGAAAGAGUCAGAGGAAUCUAAACGAGCUGACGCAGCCCGCAAGAAAGCGGAGCGUGAUGCCCUUCUCGCCGCAGAAGAAGCCUCGCAGCCUUCCAAACCCAAAGGUGCAGGUGCUAAAUCUGCGGCGAAAAAGACUCGGGGCACAUUAGAUUUCUCCCACCUCGACGCGGCGCUUGGCGUGUCUACCUCUGGAUCCAAGAAAGCAGCUGCGCUCAACGCCUCCGGCAUCGAUAACGCACUCGACGCGCUGUCGUUAACGUCGAAUUCCGAAAGCACUAAGAUAGAUCGUCAUCCGGAGCGCAGAUUCAAAGCGGCAUAUGCCGCUUUCGAGGCACGACGGUUACCCGAGAUCGAAAAGGAACAACCGGGACUGAGAAGACAACAGAGGAUUGAGAUUGUCAAGAGAGAGUUCGAGAAGAGCGAAGACAAUCCAUUCAAUAAAGUCAACGUGGCGUACGAUGCGAGCAAAGAGGAGAUUGCGAAAGUCAAGGCCGCUGAGAAAGCGAAGAUCGAGUCUCGGUUGGCAGCGAGGUAA